CUAACUGUCGUCGUCGCUGCCGCCAUUUUACCCACUUCAAACCGCCACAGCCGCUUGAGGGUCAGGGUCCUUGAGACUGCCGCUAUGUCAUCGCAGUUGGACCUGCGUGUAGCUGUGGUAUGUUCGAACAACCAGAACCGGAGUAUGGAGGCACACAGCAUCCUCAGCAAACGGGGCUUCAGGGUCCAAUCCUUUGGAACAGGAUCCCAUGUGAAGCUUCCAGGACCCACAUUCGACAAGCCAAACAUCUACGAUUUCAAAACCACGUAUGAGGAGAUGUACAACGAUCUGGUGAAGAAAGACAAGACGCUCUACACCCAGAAUGGAAUUUUACAUAUGCUGGAGCGAAACAGACGGCUCAAGCCAAAGCCAGAGAAGUUCCAGAACUGUGAGGAGACAUUCGAUGUGAUCCUCACUUGUGAGGAGAAAGUCUACGACCAAGUGGUGGAAUAUCUCAGCUUCAGAGAGCAGCAGACGUACCAGCCGGUUCAUGUAAUCAACGUGGACAUCCAAGACAACUAUGAAGAGGCCAUCAUAGGGGCGUUCCUCAUCUGUGAUCUCUGCCAGCACCUUUCCCGCGCCAAGGACAUGGAGGACGAGAUGGAAGAACUGCUACAGGGAUUGGAGGAAAAGAGCGGCCGGGACUUCCUGCACACCGUCUGCUUCUACUGAACUGAACUGUUUGUCCGGUUUGCGUCUCAAAAGACAUCUUCUUAAGUUUCUUGUUAGGAAUAUUUUUUCCUUCUUAAUAAUAGUUUUAACCUUUAG